AUGGGAGAUGGAGAAAUGGAGUGUUUUGGCCCAGCGGCCAUCUACCUUCGUAAGCCAGAAAGAGAAAGGAUUGAGUCUCAGAACAAACCUUUUGAUGCCAAAACAGCCUACUUUGUUUCUGAGCCGAAUGAAAUGUACCUCAAAGGGAUACUGCAAAGCAAAGACGGUGGCAAAGCCACUGUCAAAACUUUAUGUGGGAAAACUCUUACAGUUAAGGAAAAUGAAAUUUUCCCCAUGAACCCUCCAAAAUUUGAUAAAAUUGAGGACAUGGCCAUGAUGACCCACCUCAAUGAGCCUGCUGUGCUGUAUAACCUCAAAGAGCGUUACGCAGCGUGGAUGAUCUACACCUACUCAGGAUUGUUCUGCGUCACUGUGAAUCCCUACAAGUGGCUCCCAGUGUAUGACGCUGUUGUUGUUACUGGAUACAGAGGCAAAAAGAGAGUUGAAGCCCCACCUCACAUCUUCUCCAUCUCUGACAACGCCUAUCAGUUCAUGCUCACUGACAGGGAGAACCAGUCUAUCCUGAUCACUGGAGAAUCUGGUGCAGGAAAGACUGUGAACACCAAACGUGUCAUUCAGUACUUUGCGACAAUUGCAGUGUCUGGUGGACAGAAGAAGGCAGAGCCUGUUCCUGGCAAAAUGCAGGGAUCGCUGGAGGACCAAAUCAUUGCAGCAAAUCCCCUGCUGGAGGCUUAUGGUAAUGCCAAGACUGUGAGGAAUGACAAUUCAUCUCGUUUUGGCAAAUUUAUCAGGAUCCAUUUUGGGACCACAGGAAAGCUGGCCUCUGCUGACAUUGAAACUUAUCUGCUGGAAAAGUCAAGAGUUACCUUCCAGCUGUCUGCUGAGAGAAGCUACCACAUUUUCUACCAGCUCAUGACUGGACACAAACCAGAGCUGCUUGAGGCACUACUUAUUACAACCAACCCCUACGACUAUCCUAUGAUCAGCCAGGGUGAAAUCGCAGUCAAGAGUAUCAAUGAUGUGGAGGAGUUUGUUGCCACAGAUACAGCUAUUGACAUCCUUGGCUUCACUGCUGAUGAGAAAAUCAACAUCUACAAGUUGACCGGUGCUGUGAUGCAUCAUGGAAACAUGAAGUUCAAGCAGAAGCAGAGAGAGGAGCAGGCUGAGCCUGAUGGCACUGAGGAGGCUGAUAAAAUCGCCUACCUCAUUGGUCUGAACUCAGCUGACAUGCUGAAAGCUUUGUGCUACCCCAGAGUCAAAGUUGGAAAUGAGUUUGUGACCAAAGGCCAGACUGUACCUCAGGUAAACAAUGCCACCAUGGCCCUCUGCAAAUCUGUCUAUGAGAAAAUGUUCUUGUGGAUGGUCGUGCGCAUCAAUGAGAUGCUGGACACAAAGCAACAAAGACAGUUCUUCAUUGGUGUGCUGGACAUCGCUGGAUUUGAGAUCUUUGAUUUCAACAGUUUGGAGCAGCUCUGCAUUAACUUCACAAAUGAGAAACUGCAACAGUUUUUCAACCACCACAUGUUCGUGCUGGAACAAGAGGAGUACAAGAAAGAAGGUAUUGAGUGGGAGUUCAUUGACUUUGGUAUGGACUUGGCUGCCUGCAUUGAGCUUAUUGAGAAGCCAAUGGGCAUCUUCUCCAUCCUUGAAGAGGAGUGCAUGUUCCCCAAAGCCACAGACAUGUCCUUCAAGAACAAGCUUCAUGACCAGCACCUUGGAAAAAGUGCUGCCUUUCAAAAGCCAAAGCCUGCUAAAGGCAAAGCUGAGGCCCACUUCUCCCUGGUGCACUACGCUGGCACGGUGGACUACAACAUUAACGGCUGGUUGGAUAAGAACAAGGACCCCCUGAAUGACUCUGUUGUUCAGCUGUACCAGAAGUCAGCAAAUAAACUUUUGAGCUUCCUGUAUGUAAGCCAUGCAUCAGCUGAUGCCGAGAGUGGUGGAAAGAAAGGUGGGAAAAAAAAGGGUGGCUCCUUCCAGACAGUGUCUGCUCUGUUUAGGGAAAACUUGGGCAAACUCAUGACCAAUUUGAGGAGUACUCAUCCUCACUUUGUACGUUGUUUGAUUCCCAAUGAGUCUAAGACUCCAGGGUUGAUGGAGAAUCAUCUGGUCAUCCACCAGCUGAGGUGUAAUGGUGUGCUGGAGGGUAUCAGAAUCUGCAGAAAGGGAUUCCCUAGCAGAAUCCUCUAUGGUGACUUCAAGCAGAGAUACAAAGUUUUAAAUGCAAGUGUCAUCCCAGAGGGACAGUUCAUUGACAAUAAAAAAGCUUCAGAGAAACUUCUGAGCUCCAUUGAUGUGGACCACACCCAGUACAAGUUUGGACACACCAAAGUGUUCUUCAAAGCCGGUCUUCUGGGUCUUCUUGAAGAGAUGCGUGAUGACAAACUAGCUGAGCUAGUGACAAUGACUCAGGCUUUAUGUCGUGGUUUCCUCAUGAGAAAGGAGUUUAUCAAAAUGAUGGAGAGAAGAGAGUCCAUCUUCACGAUUCAAUACAACAUCCGUUCCUUCAUGAACGUGAAACACUGGCCAUGGAUGAAGCUGUACUUCAAGAUCAAACCUCUUCUCAAGAGUGCAGAGACUGAGAAGGAAAUGGCUGCCAUGAAGGAGAACUUUGAGAAAAUGAAGGAAGACUUGGAAAAGGCGCUGGCCAAGAAGAAAGAGCUUGAGGAGAAGAUGGUGUCUCUGCUACAAGAGAAAAAUGACCUGCAACUGCAAGUGGCAUCUGAAACAGAAAACCUUGCUGAUGCUGAGGAGAGGUGUGAGGGGCUCAUCAAGAGCAAGAUCCAGCUUGAGGCCAAGCUCAAAGAGACAAAUGAGAGACUGGAGGAUGAGGAGGAAAUCAAUGCUGAGCUGACUGCCAAGAAGAGGAAACUGGAGGAUGAGUGCUCUGAGCUAAAGAAGGACAUUGAUGACCUGGAGCUCACCUUGGCCAAAGUGGAAAAGGAGAAACAUGCCACUGAGAACAAGGUAAAAAACCUUACUGAAGAAAUGACUUCACAAGAUGAAGCGAUUGUUAAAUUAGCCAAAGAAAAGAAAGCCCUCCAAGAGGCACACCAGCAGACUCUGGAUGAUCUUCAGUCAGAAGAAGAUAAAGUCAACACUCUGACCAAAGCCAAGUCCAAACUUGAGCAACAAGUUGACGAUUUGGAAGGUUCUCUGGAACAAGAGAAGAAGCUCCGUAUGGACCUUGAGAGAGCCAAGAGAAAGCUUGAGGGUGACCUGAAACUGGCCCAGGAGUCCAUAAUGGACCUGGAGAAUGACAAGCAGCAGUCUGAGGAACGGUUCAAAAAGAAGGAUUUUGAGGUUAGCCAGCUUCUUGGAAAAAUUGAGGAUGAGCAAUCUUUGGGUGCUCAGCUGCAAAAGAAGAUCAAGGAACUUCAGGCUCGGAUUGAGGAGCUGGAGGAAGAAAUUGAGGCUGAGCGUGCAGCUCGCGCUAAAGUUGAGAAGCAGAGAGCUGAUCUCUCCAGGGAACUUGAGGAGAUCAGCGAGAGGCUCGAGGAAGCUGGAGGUGCCACUGCUGCUCAGAUUGAGAUGAACAAGAAGCGUGAGGCCGAGUUCCACAAACUGCGUCGUGAUCUGGAAGAGUCCACUCUGCAGCAUGAAGCCACGGCUGCUGCCCUCCGCAAGAAACAAGCUGACAGUGUUGCUGAGCUUGGAGAGCAGAUCGACAACCUUCAGCGUGUCAAACAGAAGUUGGAAAAGGAAAAGAGUGAAUACAAGAUGGAAAUUGAUGACCUGGCAAGUAACUUGGAGGCUGUGGCAAAAUCAAAGUCUAAUCUUGAGAAGAUGUGCCGUACAUUAGAGGACCAAGUAGGAGAACUAAAAGCCAGGAAUGAUGAACACACGCGUCAACUUAAUGAUUUAAAUGCACAAAGAGCACGGCUUCAGACUGAAAAUGGCGAGUUUGGACGCCAGUUAGAGGAGAAAGAAGCUCUUGUGUCUCAACUGACCAGAGGCAAGCAGGCCCACACUCAACAGAUUGAGGAGCUCAAGAGACAGAUUGAAGAAGAAGUGAAAGCCAAGAAUGCCCUGGCCCAUGCUGUCCAAUCAGCACGUCAUGACUGUGAUCUGCUCAGAGAGCAGUUUGAGGAAGAGCAGGAGGCCAAGGCCGAGCUUCAGCGUGCAAUGUCCAAGGCCAACAGUGAGGUGGCUCAGUGGAGAACCAAAUACGAGACCGAUGCCAUUCAGCGUACUGAGGAACUUGAGGACGCCAAGAAAAAGCUUGCUCAGCGUCUACAAGAGGCAGAGGAAUCCAUCGAAGCUGUGAACUCCAAGUGUGCUUCUCUGGAGAAGACCAAACAGAGGCUACAGAAUGAAGUGGAGGACCUCAUGAUUGAUGUUGAAAGAGCCAAUGCAUUAGCGGCCAACCUUGAUAAAAAGCAGAGGAAUUUUGACAAGGUCUUGGCAGAAUGGAAGCAGAAGUAUGAAGAAAGUCAGGCUGAACUGGAGGGAGCUCAGAAAGAGGCUCGGUCUCUCAGCACUGAACUCUUUAAAAUGAAGAACUCAUACGAGGAAGCUCUUGACCAUCUUGAGACCCUGAAGAGAGAAAACAAGAAUCUGCAGCAGGAAAUAUCUGACCUGACUGAACAAAUUGGAGAGUCUGGAAAGACCAUUCAUGAGCUGGAGAAAGCAAAGAAGACAGUAGAAAUUGAGAAAUCAGAAAUCCAGACUGCUCUUGAGGAGGCUGAGGGCACACUUGAGCAUGAGGAAUCCAAGAUCCUCCGUAUUCAACUUGAGCUCACACAAGUGAAAAGUGAAAUAGACAGGAAGCUUGCUGAGAAGGAUGAAGAGAUAGAGCAGAUCAAGAGAAACAGCCAGAGGGUGAUCGAGUCCAUGCAGACUACUCUGGAUGCUGAAGUCAGGAGCAGGAAUGAUGCUUUGAGGGUUAAGAAGAAGAUGGAGGGAGAUCUCAAUGAAAUGGAGAUUCAGUUGAGCCAUGCCAAUCGUCAGGCUGCUGAAGCCCAGAAACAGCUCAGGAAUGUCCAAGGACAACUCAAGGAUGCCCAACUGCACCUUGAUGAGGCUGUCAGAGGACAAGAAGAAAUGAAAGAGCAGGUGGCCAUGGUGGAGCGCAGGAAUAACUUGAUGCUGGCAGAGAUAGAGGAACUGAGAGCUGCACUGGAGCAGACAGACAGAGGCCGCAAAGUGGCUGAACAGGAGCUGGUUGAUGCCAGUGAGCGUGUGGCACUCCUGCAUUCUCAAAACACCAGCCUUAUGAAUACCAAGAAGAAGCUUGAGGCAGAUCUUGUUCAAAUCCAGGGUGAGGUUGAAGACACAGUCCAGGAGGCACGAAAUGCCGAAGAGAAGGCAAAGAAGGCUAUCACUGAUGCUGCCAUGAUGGCAGAGGAACUGAAGAAGGAGCAAGAUACCAGUGCCCAUCUGGAGAGAAUGAAGAAGAACCUCGAAGUUACAGUGAAAGAUCUGCAGCACCGUCUGGAUGAGGCUGAGAACCUUGCUAUGAAGGGUGGAAAGAAGCAGCUCCAGAAACUGGAAGCUAGGGUGCGCGAGCUGGAGGGUGAAGUCGAAGCUGAGCAGAGACGUGGGGCUGAUGCUGUUAAAGGAGUCCGUAAAUAUGAGAGGAGAGUGAAGGAACUCACCUACCAGACUGAGGAGGACAAGAAGACUGUGAAUAGAUUGCAGGAUCUGGUGGACAAACUGCAGCUCAAAGUGAAAGCCUACAAGAGGCAGACUGAAGAAGCUGAGGAGCAGGCCAACAUGCACCUGUCCAGAUUUAGGAAAGUGCAGCAUGAGCUGGAGGAAGCUCAGGAGCGUGCUGACAUUGCUGAGUCCCAGGUCAACAAGCUGAGAGCGAAGAGCAGAGAUAUUGGAAAAGGCAAGGAGGCAGAAUGAGACAACUUCACGUUUGACAGUGUUGAAUGUAGUCAUAAAAUAUGACUGACUUGUGUUUGAAUAACAA